CGUGGAUUGUGCGGAUUAGUUUUUCCUUGAGAUGCUGGAUAAAACCACUGAAUGCUCAAAAUAGGAAGUUCCAGGCAAAGGGCAGAGAAAAUGUUCCUCUUGUAAAAAAAGCAUUGUCGAGCAGGCAAGGAAGCGCACAGUUUUCUCAACAAUGGAUGGCAAGGGAAAUGUGAAGUCCAUCAUGGCGAAGUUUAAUAAAAACGCAGCUGAGGACGUUCGUUGCCAUCAGGUCAGAACUGGGGGGCACCCUCCGAUGGCUAAAAAAGCUGCCUUUGAGAAGUUUGCCCAGCUUGAAAACGCGGGUCUGCCUCCCAAACCCAACAGCUUGCACAAGCCUGGAUCACUUAAAUUGCCUCCAGGCGCAAAACCUCUUCACGAUGCAUCGGGCAAGGAUUUUAAAACACCACCUUUGCAAAGCAAAGUGAAGAUGCUAGCCGAGGCUGCUAGCCGAGAAGCUAAUGAGAAGACUACCUAUCCAAAGCCUUUGGUUCCCAAGAUUUCUGAAGGACUAAGAGAAGAAACCAAACCAGUGUUCCCACGGAUUCCUGAGAAGAAGCUACUUGGCUCUCCUCCUCAGAAGAGUGAACCAAAGCCUUUAGAGCAGAGAUUGUUCAAACCUGAACCCCGAGGGAGUGAAGCAAAGCCUGUCUUUCCCACAGUCGCUGGGGUUAAAGAAAAAUUCAACAGUGCUGCACAGGAAAACGCCAAGCCUCCUUUUCCAAAGCCACCUGUUAAGCAAAAACCAAAUCAAAGUUUCAGCCAAGGGGAAGAAGUUUCCAACAAAAGUGCUUGUUUCAAUCAGGUGUCACCAAGUUCCAGCGGCCUCAAGUCGAAAGUUGGUUCCAUCCGACCCCAUCCAACCCCUCCACAGGACAAGAGCCGAAACGAAGCCAAGCCCAUCAGCCCUUUCCCACCUUUGAAACAUGUCAACAACGAGAACAACCUGCCUCAAAUCCCCCCUAAACCUGCUGGGCAGCUGAAUGAAGAGGCAAAACCAAAACCCAUCAAGAAUAUUUUCCUACAAAACAGACAAGAAGAUUUUGGAUCUGCUUCUGGUACCAUUGCUGCUAAAUUGGCCAAUUCAUCUCAAACAGUUAAGGCAGGACCUUGGGCCAAUAAUACUGGAAAAGAAGAGAAAGACAAAGACAAGAAUUUGCCCAGACGAAAAACACUACCUUCAACAAUUACAUUGGGACCAGCCCCAAACAAGCCUAGCAGGCCUCCGACAGUUGACCUGGAAAAAUUCAGGAAAAGUCAUGGGGAAGGUUCCAGUUCAUCCAAUUCAGUGGGUUUGCCUCCCCCACUUCCACCACCCAUUCAUGCCAUACAGUCUACAGAUAUAUCCUCACCCCCACCUCCCCCUCCUCCAGGUUUCCAUCCAUCACAAACUCCUGUACUCCCCCCAAGGGGGAAAAUCCCAUCCAGACCUGAUGUCAGCUUGAAGGCCCCAUUGAAGUUAUUCACCAGGCACGAGCUUCCACAGACUGUAAAGGAGGAAAGUAUGAUCUGUCAUUCAAACAAGGAGAUCUAAUUGAAAUACUUCGCGUCACAGACAAUCCAGAAGGAAAAUGGUUAGGAAGAUUAAAAGGCUCAUAUGGCUACAUCAAAACUACCAUGGUGGCAAUUGACUACGAUACAUUAAAAAAGAGGCCACGGCCUCCCGUGCAUGUUCAGGCAAAGCAACCAGACAGUGAUCAAGAAGUGUACGAUGAUGUUGGAGACCAGGACAGUAUCAGCAGUGGAAGUCAGAGUACCAUGGGAGGGUUUCCGCCACCUCCAUCAGAUGACAUUUAUGACGGUGUAGAAGAUGAUGAGAUUCCAGCAAAAUCUGUGUCACAGGAUGAAGAGAAAAGUGACACCUGGUCCAAGGGGCUUUUGAAGAUUUUAAAGGGAAAAGAUUACCAAAAGAAAAGUAUGCGAGAGGCACCAUCCAAAGUCAAUGUGACAGAAGAUGAAAAUUCCUUAAGAAGUCCUUUAGCAAAACCAACAGGGACGGAUACUGGAGACAGUGAUGUUUACGAUGAUGUUGAAUCCACUGACUUCCAGCUCCCACCAAAAGAAAUUAGCCUCGGGAAAAAUAUCAAAUCUUUGAACUUUGGGAGGGGCAAAUCUGAUGAACGUGAUUCACAGAAGUUUAAGAAGAUGGACAAAGAAGAGAAAGAUUUUCGAAAAAAAUUCAAAUAUGAAGGUGAUAUUCGAGUUCUCUACACUACUACCAUAUCUAACGCACCCUCCCUAAAGAAAAGAGGUUCCAAAGAUUUGCAAGUCAAGCCGGGAGAACUGGUUGAGGUUAUUCAGGAUGUGGAUGAAACUAAAGUGCUUUGUAGGAAUGAAGAAGGAAAAUAUGGCUAUGUCCAAAGAAGCUGUCUAGUGCAUGAUGAUGAAGAAAUAUAUGAUGAUAUUGCAGAUGAUUCAUAUGACAAUGAUUAGCUCCAGGCCUCAUCUUGGCACAGUCUUCACCUUUUCUGAUUGGUGGAUAUAAGAGAGAAAGUUAUUAUUCAGAGUUCGGAUUUAUGUGUAUGUACAAAAGAUUUGGUUAAGCUAUCCUGCCAGUUUCUGGACUGUGAAGCAGGUUUUAUCACAGAAGCAUGAUAACAUUACACAAAUAUGUUCUUGAUUUGCAACCAUCAGCCAAAUCUUCAAAUCGGGAUGUUAUUAAAUCAAUGUUGGGUGUGGGAUAACUUGACAGCUUUCUCUUGCAAAUCCCCCAACGCAAUCCAAAAUAUUCUAUUUAGCAUGCUACAGAUUAAAUCAGCAAUUUGCACGUACAAUACUCCUCCUCAUAUUCAUACAAUGGGCUUUGGAAAUAUUCCAAUGUGCCCACAGACGUGAUACCUGUCCUUCAUAAGUUCUAUGUUAUUUUUAUCUAGUCAUCGUACUACAAAACCAUAGAAUUGGUAGCAGCUGGGCUAAUUCAACCUGCUAUUGAACUUUUUUGUAAUAUUCAGGCAGAAUCUGCCUUCCUAUAACUCAGAAAUGGGCAACCAAUAUCCUGCAGUUGUGCCUGUGAAAUUCGGUAUAGCUAAAUUUCGGACGCGAGGCUUAAAGUUGUUUGUUUUUUUAGAUUUGGGAUGGUUUUAAGAAUGGAUUUGAAAAGGGUUUAUCUGUAGGAGGAUUUCUGUUAUACUUCACCUUUCUCUUAAGAACCACAAAUUCUCUUUCUCAAUCUUACUUGGUAAGUUGUAUUAGUAUAUACUGUAUGUAUAUAAUUCUAAUAAAUAAAUAGUUAUGUCCUUCUUCCUCCACCGCUAAGGGAAUUGUAUAGUUCUAGGACACUUUCACACAAGGGAUUUGUACCACUUCAGGACCAGCUCCAGACCUAGCUGGUUUCACACCAUCAUCUAGUUGGGGAAAAUGAGUCAAGGUAUUUCUGAUUCUGCUGUUUUUCUUGAGAUUAUCGACCAAGUAAUACAGUAUUCUUCAAAUUUCCACAUCACUAAAAACCUAACAAUGAUUCUCUUUUUGCAUCCGUCUCCUGAAUUCAAGCCAGUCAUAACUUAUUCCUCUACCCCAGAGGUGUCAAACUUGCAGCCCGCGGGCCAGAUGCGUCAAACGCUGGCCACACCUAUUUUAGUAAAAGGGGGGGAGUCAUGAUACGUCAUGUGACGACAACGUGAUACCACAGAUUUGACAUCCCUGGUCUACCCUAUUCCUGAAGAAGUUCAGCAUCCUGUUCCUGGAGCUGGUCUCUUGCUUUAUGUUUAAAAUAUAUUUUAGAACUUUUUUUCCCUUGACUCUCCAAGCCCCACAGCUACUGGGGAAAGCACCCAACCUCAAAAUUGCCAGCAUGACACCCCACAUAUGUUUUUAAAAUGUAAUAGAGAAAUGCCAGUAAAACACAUAUGGGAAACUCUGCAAAAAGUUCGGUGCUUUUGUUUAUGUUUUUAAUAAUCGACAUUCCUUCAUAUAGCUGCCCACAAAAGCAAAUCUCCACAAAAUGGAGAUGAAUAUAUGUAUUAGAAAACACAGAUGGGAGAUACUGUAUUUUUUAUGCGAAACUGAAUCUCAAAGGUUAUUUGUCAUUCUGCAAUCAGACAACUGAGAAAUGGGAUGGUCGUGAUGAUAUCCUUUGCACUCUCUUAAUACUCUUAGCAAGCUAAAGGGAAAGGCACUAAUUCGGUUGUAGUGCAUUGAUGCAUUCUCUACAUUCUAAAGUCAGUAGAAAUGAAAAUGAAGGCUGGAUUCAAAAUUAUUUCUGAGGGACUUGGAAUUGAAAAUAGUUGUAGCACAGAAGUGCUUUGUGCAUAUUAUUUAUUUUCUUCCACAAAAUCUCUUUUCUUUUUUUCUCUCUCUCUCUCUUCCUCACACACAUUAUAUUUUACAUGCUUUCUGCCUAUUUUUCUAAAAGAAAUAACAGCCAGUAGAAUCUUAAUUCCCUUUAAGAGUGCCAUUAGUAUGUACCAUUCCUUAGACUUGUAUGUAAACGUCAAAUCUAGAAUAAACUUUUAGUGAGGAUAUUAAGAAUAUCGCUUUUGAAUUCUUAAUGAUACAUUCCUGUGAUUUGUUUUCAGUUUGUAAAUAAGAGUGAGAAUUUUGCUUCUCAUCACUACUUUUCCUCGUUUUCUCACUCACUUCUUAAAAAUAGAAAUUCUGACCCAACAAUUUCUGCAAAGAAAAAAAUUAACCCAAGAUUCUCUUCAACCUCAUUUUCCUCCUAUUUUUGUUUUCUUACCAUUUAACAGUCUGAUUUACUUGUAAGUUUCUUGCUUUUGAUCUAUUUUAAUAACUGUUAUUAACAGUUAGGGUAAAAUUAGUGUUAUUGGCAACAUACUUCUCUGGUUUCUCAUUUUCAGUUGGACAAGAUUUCUACAUUUUUUUCAAUUGGUUAGCAGAGGCACAUUUCCUAAGAACAGAAAGGCUGCAGGAUUUAGGGACUGAAAGUAACCAAACCUAUUCUACAAACCUAUUGUCAACCAUUCUAGGUGGGCCUUGUUUCAGCAAAAACAUAACUCAGAACAGUUUUUGUUGUUAUAGGGUUUAAUCCUCUUAUCUUCACGACCGAUUCGGUAGCGGGAGCGCACCCGCAUGCCCAUGCAUUCUCUUUGCUCGCACGCAGCUCGUCUGGGCAUGCACAGAACCUUCUGUGCAUGUGCAGAAGAUCCUUGAUGAUGUAUGAAUGGGUGGGUGGAGCCUCGUGCCACUGCCACAACAGGUUUGGCCAAACGGGCACUAACCAGCAGAAUACCAUCUCUGGUUUAAUCUCAAACAAAAGGAAUCCCAGAAUACUUUUAUGUGGAGAGUAAAAUAAGGCUGGCAUGUGUCAACUCCUCUUUCCCCUCAACAACUCCCAGCACAGCAGAUUGUAAAUGAAGCUGGCAAAAACCAGCAUAGAAAGAACCCUUGUGACCCCACUGAACAAACGCUUCCAAAUCUGAGUGUUGUGGGGAGAAAAAAACAACCAAAAUUACCUAGACUUGCAAUGGGGACCUAGAUUUUAAAAACAGAGAUCUUUCAUUUUUGCGUACUGCAGUGGGCAGAGUCUUUGGGCAUAUACUGUAUAGAUUCAUUCUUGUUUGCAAUCAAGCCAUAUCAUGUCAAGAGUUUGUGCAUUAAGCAAGUUCUCGACUGUGGUCUUCAGCGUCAUCUCACUCGCCCAUCCAUCUCAAAAUUUCCAGAAUCAAACUUUCCUCCACUCUGUCUGCCAAUGUCCCCAAACAGUACAACAAUAAAACUUUCUGAACUGCAACCUUCCCUAACGUGAACAUGUUAGUCCAUACACCAAAGAGAACAGCCCCAUUUCGGUCUGAAUAUGACCCAUCCAAAAUUAUUCAAUGUGGUAUACCCAACAGUGAUUGAUUUCUAACAGUAAGGGUAUUCUAUUUUCUUCACUACUGGUUCGGUAGCGGGAGCAUGCGCGAACCUUCUGCACUUACACGGACGGGCGGAGCCUCGCACCGCCACCACUACCGGUUCACCCAGCAUAGCACCUCUGGUUUCUAAUAUAAAAUAUAGCAUACACAAAUAAUUGCACAAAGACCUACCACAAUCCACUCUUUCUCUUGUCAUUUAAUCUCUCUAUUCAACCCUCCUGGUAAAGAGAAAUGAUUAAGCGCUUGGAGAGAUUAGAUAUAGGACUCAUGACUGGAUGGCCUCUUUGUUGCAGAAUGUAGACUAAAAUAUUUCGCCGUAUAUUUCAGUCUUCUACUGGUAGCCCUUGACUAUAACCAUUAAUGACAGCUCAAAGUGGCAACCAGUCCUGGCUCUUACACCCAUUGCACCAUCCCCUGUCACAUGAUCAAAAUUUCAGCACUUGGCAGCCAACAUAUAUUUAGGAGGGUUGCAGUGUCUGAUGGUCAUGAGAUCACCAUCUGUGACUUUCCCAGCAGCUUCUUACAAAUGAAGCCUAUGAGGGAAGCUGGAUUUGCUUAGCAGCCACAUGAUUCACUUAACAACUGCAGUGAUUCAGUUAACUGUGGCCAAAAGGUCAUAAAAUCAGGACAUGAUUCACUUAAAAACCACAUGGCUUGGCAAUGGAAACUCUGGUGUCUAUUGUGGUUGUAAGUUAAGGACUACCUGUAUACAUGAACAGGUUAUGUUUCCUGUCUGACAUCCUUUUGAAAACAUUAAGUCAAAGGAGUUGCCAUCUAACAAUUACCCUGCUAGCUGUGGCAAAAAAAAAAAAUCCUCCUUAAAUGGGAGGAAAAAGUAGGGAAGUAGUUGCCCAUGCACAUAGGCUGGCACAAUGUUUAGAGACAGCAUUGAUUACAGGAGAAACAAACAGAAGAUGCUAGGCUUCAUUUUCUGGUCCACAAGAUUAUCCAUCAUAGGACAAUCCUACAUAGUUGAUGGAUGCUGAUGCAUAAAAUGGCAUAACUGCAUAACUGUUUCCAAGCUACAAAAAUAUAGAUGCAAAAAUCUUUAGCAUGACAGAUAGAAUACGACUUCCCUAGAGAAUUAAUUAUCUUAUUUGGUAGUUAUAAAGGCAUUUUUUUUAAAAUAGUCAAUGUAAUUUAUGCCUUUUUUAACAUUUUCUUUUGUGUUCAGAUUCUAUCCUUGGAACUCUUGACUUAAUUAUAGUAGCAUGUUGCUAUGGCAUCCAGGAGUUUGGAGUUAUGCAUUAUAUUAUGUUUUUAAUCUUUGUAGAUUUUGUUCUC